AUGAACCUCUUGGACGUCAUCACAGCCUUCUCAUUCGGGCCCCAUGUCCCCUACAUCACCCAACCAUUGGAUAACUCUUUCGAAUGCGCAGACGAACGUUUCGUUCUGGCAACCUACACCUCCCCUCGUUUCGCGCCCCUCCGAACGCACCAAUAUAGCGUAACGCAUUACACCCGCAUAGUGCACCGAAGAUGA